CCAGAAUGCUCAGCAGCAGCGGCAGAGUGAACGCGUGGGGAGAACAACACGUCCAUGACAUCAUCCGCCUUGUUGUGAUUCCCGUUCCCACCGGGUUCGUAUCGCAGAUGCAAUCGCAGGAUUCCCACACUCAUUUUCCCCGUGUGCUUCCCGUAACGCUCUGAUGCACGUACCUGCGCUGGUUUCACUUUAAGACUCGCGAUCUGUGGCUUUCGACAUCGCCAUUGUUGGGUUCAGCAGAGUUAUGAGGACGAUUGAGAGAUGCUUCCGGUGUAAAAGUGAUAUCUUUAUGAAAGCUGUCGCGAGCACGGGCUCUUCGCUGUGUCGAGGCUAUUGUUAGACGAGAUGAAACGGUGUCGGUUGGCGUGACACACCGGGAAUUGUUAAAGCGUAUUAUUGUGACCGUUCCUCAUACAGUAACGUUACAUCGUGCCUGCAUGAGGAGAGAGGAUUCAUUUUUUGCUCAAUAUUAGUUAGAAAGCCAUUCUAGUGUGUGUUAUUUCAUGGGGAUGUGUUCAAGGCAAGAGAGGAUUCAAAAAGACGUCGACAUCGUAAUUCAAAGGUGUAAGGCAGAGAAAGACUGCCUGUUUUCUGACUUUCGAUUCUCCGACUCCACCUUCACGUUCACCUAUUCAAAAGGACCUAAAAGGGUCUCCUACUCUGUUCACGUCUCUGAUGAUUAUCCAGAUAACACAUAUGUGUCUAACUCUGAAAACGAUGAUGAAGUGUUAGUCACCAGAGAUCCAAUACCAGUGAUUUUUCACAGGAUUGCUACAGAAAUACGUAUAAAUAAUGAUGCCACUAGCUGUGUGUCUGUUAAGUCAAAACUUCAAACCAACAAAAACCCGUGCCAUUAUGCUAUAGAGGAGGAUUCAGAGGGUGACAAUGAUUCUGAGGAGUUCUACUAUGUUGGGCAGGUAAAUUAUGAUGGAGAGCUUCACAAACACCCACAGCUGGAAGCCGAUUUGGCAGCCGUGAGGGACUUAUAUGGCCAUCAUGCAGUAUCUCUCAGGGAAUAUGGUGCAAUUGAUGAUGUGGACAUCGAUCUUCACAUAGAUGUCAGUUUCCUAGAUGAGGAGAUUGCACUUGCCUGGGAUGUGAUCAGAAGUGUACCUGUUAUUGUGCGGCUUCACUGCUCCCUCACACAGUAUUUGAAUGGACCAGUUCCCACUGUUGAUGUGUUUCAAGUGUCUUCAAAAGACAGAUUUGGACUUGGACAUCAGUUGAAAAAGAUAAUGCAAACCUUUGUCACACAGCAGUGGAAGUGCCAGAGCAAAGAAAAACUCAUCAGCCCACACAGCAAAAAGCAAAGCGAGAAGAAAGUGAAGUCUCCUCUGCACAUUUUUUCAACUCUACGCAGAUCCCCCAGCUACCCGCCUCCUGGCUGCGUGAAAAGCAAAAAGAAGCUCAAACCCGAGCAAGACGGCGUAUCAAAAUCCCACCGUCUGUUACGCCGUGCGUGUUCCAGCACGGUGAAGCCAGAAAUAGACGGAUGCGUCGGCAAAUCACACAAGCUGCUGGGCCACUCCCUCUCCGGUGACCCACGAGUGGAGCAACAUCAGCCCCUCAAACAGCCCCACCGGCUGCUGCCGAGGCCCUGCUCAACCGCCGUAAAACCGGAGGAAUGCCCACCGCUCCGGCCUCAUAAACUUUCGCCGCGGCCGAGCGUGGCGGAGCCUCGCUGUGAGCAAGCCGCGAGCAGCAACGAUAGCGGUGCUUUGAAGCCCCACCGGCUCCUGAGUCGCUCCUGCUCGGGUAGCGUUCGAACUGAAGAGCUGGAUGGCUUAAAGCACCACCACCGUCUGCUCAGCAGGUCUUACUCCAGCAACACCAAGAUGGGCAAAGCGGACAUCUUUAAAGAGCCUGUCACCGAGAGCAGACGCCUCUCCCUUACCUCAGGGCUAAUCGGCAUCCUGGCCCCAUCACUCUCUUCCACACCUCAGCCAAACAUUGGAGCCAAAUCCAUUCCAGUCAGAGACAGAGGCUUUCUCGUGCAGACUAUUGAGUAUGCAGAACAGCGUAUCCCUGUACUGAAUGAGUUCUGUGUGGUCUGUGAUGAACCUCAUGUGUUCCAAAAUGGACCAAUGCUCAGACCCACAGUUUGCGAGAGAGAGUUGUGUGUUUUCGCCUUCCAAACACUAGGGGUCAUGAAUGAGGCUGCUGAUGAGAUAGCCACUGGUGCUCAGGUAGUAGACCUACUGGUCUCCAUGUGCCGAUCUGCACUGGAGUCUCCGAGAAAAGUUGUAAUUUUUGAGCCAUAUCCCUCUGUGGUGGAUCCUAAUGACUCACAAGCACUUGCCUUCAACCCCAGGAAAAAGGACUAUGAUCGAGUGAUGAGAGCACUUGACAGUAUCACAUCUAUCAGAGAAAUGACCCAGGCUCCAUACUUGGAGAUAAAGAAGCAAAUGGACAAGCACGAUUCGCUGGCUCAUCCACUACUGCAGUGGGUGAUAUCCAGCAACAGAUCACACAUAGUGAAGCUUCCUGUUACUAGACAAUUGAAGUUCAUGCACACACUUCAUCAGUUCCUCCUGCUCAGCAGUCCACCUGCCAAAGAAUCCAACUUUCAAGCUGCCAAAGGCCUCUUCGGGAGUACCUUUGCUUUUCAUGGAUCACACAUAGAAAACUGGCACUCCAUUUUGAGAAAUGGUUUGGUUGUGGCUUCAAACACAAGGCUUCAGCUCCAUGGCGCAAUCUAUGGCAUUGGAAUCUAUCUCAGUCCAUUAUCAAGCAUAUCCUUUGGCUACUCAGGGAUGAAUAAAAAACAGCAGAAAAUUGCUUCAAAAGAUGAAACUGCUGCCAAUAAGUCCACCGUUCAUUUGCAGUCACAGAAAAAAGGCCAGAACCCACAGUUUCUGCAGAGUCGCAACCUGAAAUGCAUCGCCUUAUGUGAAGUUAUUACAUCUCCAGACCUGCACAAGCAUGGUGACAUCUGGGUAGUUCCAAAUACAGAUCAUGUCUGCACACGGUUUUUCUUUGUUUAUGAGGAUGGACAGGUAGGUGACACAAGUAUAAACACACAGGACCCUGGUAUCAACAGGGAGAUCCUUCGAGUUAUCGGCAAUCAAACAGCUACUGGAUAAGAGUUUCAACACAAUACAGCUGCCUUGACCUCUUUCUCAAAGCUGGACAUUUGAGCAUAGGAGGCCAAUACCAUAUGUAUUUUUGGUAACCACACAACACACACGAAACAUGGAAAAAGAAAAUCCACAAUCUGAAAUACACUAUUUGUACUAUUCCCCUGGGAUAUACUGUAUAUUUACACGGGCUAUUCAAACUAUUACCAUUUUGCUAAGUUUAUAAAUAAAAGGUACAUUUUAAAAGAGCAUGGUACGUCUCUCAGUUCAACUGACGGACUACUUAUUUUUUGUAAAGAAUACAAAACAUGAAAACACUUUGAAAAAUAUUUUGAGACUUUACUGGAGAAAAUACAAUAAUCCUGUGCGGAUAUGCGCCAUCUGACCUUGUUUACUAAGAGUUGUACUUGUUAAAGUACAUUGAUUUGUGUACACAAAAGGUGUCUAUAUGCACUUUAUUUUUCUUAAUGUAUGAUAUUGGUUUCAAACUUCCAUAUAAUCUUAAAUGCCUUUCAGAGACUGAAGUAUUUCUUGUUUGACAGUGCUGAACACAAGCAAGCAACUCCUGAUGUUGAAGACAUUGUAUUUAGAGCUGAUGACAGGUGGUUACAUCUAACAUGCCCAGCUGCUUAAAAGUAGCUGUCAGUUUACAAUUUCUAAAGGUGUCGGUUUAGAACUUGUCCAGAUGAAUCAAAAACCUACCACUUCAUCGAGUAUUAUUUAUUAAAAAUAUCACUGUAACAUUUCGUUUUUAUUGAGGAGUGAAUAUAUUAAUUAAGAAAAAAGAGCAAGAUAAAAAUCGAAAAACAAACAAACA